GUCAUUUCAUUCUCCGGGACCGUGACUGCCAGGGUGCCUGCUUUGUUCCUCAUCAGCGAUGAUCUGCACGGAGCACCAUCCAUUGACUGGCAGGUCUCGGACCUCGUUUUACCAUCGCGAUCAGAGGACAGGAUAGUCCGACAUAUCAUGUCUUCUCAACCCAAGAAGACCGCGACGGGCUCGCGCUUCGUGCUGCCUGCCCUCAACCUGAAUUUUGGCAGCAUUACCGACGGCACCGACAUCCCUCCCCCUCCGGAGUCUCCGAUUGAGCCGAUUACGCCCUCCAAAACGUCCAAGGCCAGCAACGAGAGCUCCGAGGCCAAAGAAAAUGCUGCGACGGCGUACGAGAACAAGGCUGGCGUGAGAAGUGUUGCCGAAAACGCGCCACCUAGUCCCGCGGCGUCUGGCCGACAGGAAAGCAUCACUCAAGAGAGCGGACGCAGCGUCGCCAAUGCGUAUCGCCCAGUCAGCCAGAGCGGCUCCAGCGCCGUGGAGUCUGAGAAAACGAAGCGCGCGAGCGGCUGGUUCAAGCGUCUAAGGUCGGGAGACACCCAGUCAAGAAGACGAUCGAGUCUCCUCAGCCUCGAACAACAUAUACCCGCGACGCCCAAAUUAACUUCCAAGUCUGAGAAACCACCUCCUAAGAUUCCCCAACUCAAACAGCUCGAGAGCGACAAAGGCGCCUUUGGAUCAAAUUUAUUCGAUCAUAUUAAAUAAUAGCAACUCAAAGAUAUCACAAAAAAUAGACAUUUACCUUCAAUUGGGCUAUUUUUUGUCACAUUUACAAUCAAUUUAUUCUGUCGAUAGCACGACUUCUUAAUACAAUUAAAUUACUUGCUUAAAGUUCAUACAUCACCCAGCAAUGAAUCAGAUCAGACUACUAUCAAU